ACGAAGAUGAACGUGUCCAGAAGAGCCGUGCUGGGUUUGAUUCUCCUUUGUCUGUCACCAUCAUCUUCUGGAGACUCCACAACCCUCAAGAUUUUUCCUGGAGAUAAUGUCAUUCUGCCAUGUCACGUUCCAAAUGAUAUAUCAAUUGGGGCUGUGAUGUGGACCAGGUCUUACUUGGAUUCAAAAUAUGUAUUUUUUUACCAAAGCAAUGCGUCUGAUCCAGACACUCAGAAGUCAGCUUCUCCGAGUCGCAUAUAUCUGCUGCAUACAGACAUGUGGAAUGGUCAAUUGUCUUUGUAUAUAGUGGAGGCGACAUUUGCUGAGAUUGGAACGUAUGAGUGUCAUGUCGCCCAGACAGGAACAAACAACUCUAAGGCGGCCAUUUUGAAGACCAAGCCAAUCAACACUCUCAAUCUGACAAUGGAACCAAUGAAAGUCUUCGCUGCACCUGGAGAAAUUGCCAUUCUGCCAUGCGAGGUUCCAAAUAAGGAGUCCAUUGGAGCUGUGAUGUGGACCAGAUCUGUCUUGAAUCUAGAAAAAGAACUUUUUUACCAGAGCAAUGCAUCUGAUCCAAGCACUCAGCCGCCACAUUAUGCGAACCGAGUACGUCUCAUGUAUACAGACAUGCAAAAAGGGAAAUUGACAUUGUUUCUGUAUGGCACGACAUUUGAUGAUGAUGGAACGUACGAGUGUCAUGUCACCCAGGUAGGAACAAACAACUCUAAGGCAGCCAUUUUAAAGACUACGCCCAUCAAAAGCAUCAAGCUGACAAUAGGUGAGUUUGUAGAAGAAAUGAAUCUUCUUCCUGGAGCCUGUACUACAAAACAAGUUCAACAUAUCCAGAUUAUCUCUUCUUCAUUUGGUUUCACAUGAGGGUGUUUAUAAGAUCAGUAAGUCAACACUGGGUUUAUUAAUCUAGCUGCUUUAAACAAUCAGAAGUUCAGUUUCUGUCCACUGUCAGCAGAGUGACUUACAAACACAGUGAAAACUGUAACAUUAGCUGUUAAAAGGGCUGGGUAUCGUCACUGAUUGUAAUAAAAUAAAAUUCUGAUUCAAAAGUCCUGAAUCGAUUUGAUUCGACUCAAUUCAAUUUAGACUCUGUCAGAACUAUUAUGCUUCUGGUCAUUUCUAAGUGCAUACCCAUAUUUUUAAAUCUGUAAAACAAAGCUGACACUUGUGAGACUUCAUCAGAGGUGUAACAAUCACAGCAGCAUACCUUUGUAUCAAUGUUACUGAGGAUAAAACACAGAAUAGCAAAUUACCUCCUUAAAAAUAUUCUGCAGUAGAACAAAAACGGAAGAAAACCCAGAAUCAACAUAUGAACAUUACCUGAUGCUGCUGAAGUGAAGCAGAGGGCGUAAUUUGUAAAAGAUACUGUCGAACCCCGACUUACGAAUACCCCAUUUAACGAAAAAUUCAAGUUACGAAGGCACUGAAUGGCAAUAUUUCUGC